UCCGAUCCGAUCUCUGCCUCGGAUGCGAGAACGUGCGUCGAUAUUGUGCUACCAUCUUUCAAGCAUAUAAGACGCCAAGGAUCACUUUGAACAUUACUGCACACUCAUCAAGCUGAACUCACCUGUUAAGGCCAGCAUGGAUGCCUUAUCGCUAUCGUCAUUCAAGGCAUACGCCGCAUACGUCGUAAUUGCCGUAGUGGUCCUUCAUCUAAUCACCAAUCGCUUCCGUAGGAGCCUUGCAGGACUUCCCGGCCCUGCAAUCGCCAAAUGGACUCGUCUCUGGAAGUUGCACAGUGUGUGGAAGGGUGAUCACCACAAUACAGCCAUUGACCUACAUCGCAAAUAUGGUCCGCUGGUGCGCAUUGGUCCCAAGCACAUAUCUGUCGGAGACCCCAGUGCUAUCCCGAUUAUCUACGGUCUCAACAAAGGUUUCACAAAGACCGGCUUCUAUCCCAUCCAGUGCAUAUCAUGGAACAAAAAGCCCCAGAUGAACCUCUUCUCCACCCGCGACGAGAUGUUCCACCGUGAGCAAAAGCGGCCUGUGGCAAACGCCUACAGUAUGACCUCGCUGCUCGAUCUUGAAUCCGCAGUAGACUCCUGCACCGAGAUCUUCAUCAAUCAGCUGGCGAGAUUUGCGAGUAGCAAAAAGCCCGUCGACCUGGGCAUGUGGCUGCAAUACUACGCUUUUGACGUGGUCGGGGAAUUCACCUUUGCCAAGAAACUCGGCUUUCUACAGGAGGGAAAGGACGUCGACGGCAUGAUUGAAGCGAUUCAAGGGAUGCUGGUGUAUGCUAGUGUGUGUGGCCAGGUUCCCGAGGCUCAUCCAUUGUUACUAGGGAAUCCACUUUUCCCGAUAUUCAUGCCCAGCAUGGAGACAUGGAACCAGGUCUUGAAUUUCACGCUCAAGGCCAUCAAUUCCCGAGCAUCGCUGCAGCGUGACGGCGAGCUCAAUACCGAGAAACCAGAAGCAGGAAAGGACAUGCUGUUCCGGUGGAUGGCCAUCCAUGCCUCUGAUCCCAAUAAGCUUUCCACCCGGGAUGUCAUCGUCCAUCUUUCGACGAAUGUGUUUGCCGGUUCAGACACCACUGCCAUCGCUCUGCGGGCCGUCUUCUACCUCCUCCUUCGUAACCCGUCCAUCCUGGCCAAGCUGAACGCUGAGAUCGAUAACGCCGACCGAGAGGGAAAACUAAGCAACCCGAUCUCCUACCGAGAAUCCAUGAACCACCUGCCCUAUCUGCAGGCCGUUCUCAAGGAGGCAAUGCGACUACAUCCAUCCGUCGGGCGGGUCACCAUCUGUGACAGGCAUUUCCCCGGAGGAACCAUAGUUGGGAUCAAUGCAUGGGUUCUCCACCGAGAUGCCCGGAUCUUCCCUGACCCUGACAAAUUCACUCCCGAGCGAUGGAUUGAUAGCGACCCGCAGCACUUGAAGAAGAUGGAACAGAGCUUCUUCGCGUUUGGAGCGCGGUCUCGGACUUGCAUUGGCAAGAACAUCUCGCUUAUUGAGAUGCAUAAGAUUAUUCCUCAGCUGUUGCGGGAGUUUGAAAUCCGACUGCACAACCUGGAGAAGGAAUGGAAGACGAAGAAUGUAUGGUUUGUGCAGCAGGAGGGAUUAGUAUGUAACCUUGUACGCAGGAUGGGAUGUCAAGUGACUUAAUGCGUAUGAUACUGCAUACACCGACAUGAAUGAUGCUAUUUUCUUUUGAAAAAGUACCUGUU